GCUGGCGAUGCCGUGAUGAUGCUCGUGACUGAUAGGGUUCCGUGACGUCAGGGAUAAGUCAAGUAACCAAACCUCCCCACGUUCAACGUCCCUUUCUUCACGUUGCAAUUGCAUAGGGAUUUUUCUAAUGUGCGUUUAAGGGCGAAUCUCUCUCCUCUUUGGGCUGUAAAAUGGGAGGACUAGACAAGCUACGCGAAUUUAGUUUAUUGAGAUGGGUAAGAGACGAAAGACAAUCUCGGAGGUUGAUUCUGCUGAUCGUUUUCAUCGCUUUGCUACUGGAUAACAUGCUGCUCACCGUAGUUGUGCCCAUCAUUCCAAGUUACCUGUACGUGGCCGACAGUCCCGGGGCGGUGGCUCUCAACCACACAGCCUCUCCGCAGACGCCCUCCGGAACCUUCCAAACCAUCGUGUCCCUCUACGACAACUCCACCAGGGUGACCGCUGGCGCCGCCCCCUUCACCACGCCGAUGGCCAUGACAGGCAACGGGGCGUCCCCCUCUCCCGCUGCGCCCACAAACGGCACCGCGGAGGAUUCCGAUUGCCCCAAGGAUAAAAACGAGCUUCUGGACGAAAACGUUAAAGUGGGGCUGCUGUUCGCCUCCAAGGCCACCGUGCAGCUGAUAACAAACCCCUUCAUCGGGCCCCUCACCAACAGAAUAGGAUACCAGAUUCCGAUGUUUGCUGGGUUCUGCAUCAUGUUUCUUUCCACCUUAAUGUUCGCUUUCUCAAAGAGCUACAGCCUGCUGUUUGUGGCCCGGUCUCUCCAAGGCGUCGGGUCCUCCUGUUCCUCUGUCGCUGGGAUGGGAAUGCUGGCCAGCGUGUAUACGGAUGACGAGGAGAGAGGGAAUGCCAUUGGGAUCGCACUGGGAGGACUGGCAAUGGGAGUGCUGGUCGGACCGCCCUUCGGCAGUGUGAUGUAUGAGUUUGUGGGGAAGACCGCUCCCUUCCUCAUCCUCGCAGUGCUGGCUGUAUUAGACGGAGCCCUCCAAUUGUUUGUUCUUCAGCCCUCAAAAGUGGAACCAGAGAGUCAGCAAGGGACUUCACUGUUGACACUCAUGAAGGAUCCCUAUAUACUCAUCGCUGCAGGCUCCAUUUGCUUCGCUAACAUGGCGAUAGCCAUGCUGGAACCGGCCUUGCCCAUUUGGAUGAUGGAGACGAUGUGCUCAAGAAAAUGGCAGCUGGGCGUCGCUUUUGUGCCCGCCAGCAUCUCCUACCUUAUUGGAACCAACAUCUUCGGCGUUCUCGCGCACAAAAUGGGAAGAUGGCUGUGCGCCCUGAUCGGCAUGCUCCUGGUGGGGAUAAGCAUCCUCUGUGUUCCCUUUGCAAAAGACAUCUAUGGACUGAUCAUACCGAAUUUUGGUGUCGGAUUUGCCAUUGGCAUGGUUGAUUCCUCUAUGAUGCCAAUAAUGGGGUACCUGGUGGACCUGCGGCAUGUAUCUGUUUAUGGGAGUGUGUACGCCAUUGCCGAUGUGGCUUUCUGCAUGGGAUUUGCAUUAGGCCCGUCCGCCGGUGGGGCGAUUGCCCGGAGCAUCGGCUUCCCCUGGCUGAUGACCAUAAUCGGGGUGGUGGACAUUCUCUUCGCCCCUCUCUGCUUCUUCCUCCGGAGUCCACCGGGCAAGGAGGAGAAAAUGGCCAUUCUUAUGGAUUACAACUGUCCAAUGAAGACCAGAGCAUACAACACGCAGGUCACUCAGAACUACCAGAUGGAUGAUGGGAUAGAGACUGAGAGCGAGGAAUAGCCAUGGGACAUGUACGUCACCUUCCAGAGAAUCUAUUUUCUUGUACAAAAAAAAAAAAGAGCAAAGUUUUAAAAUUGACCCAUUUCGGUGUGAAUGUCCAAAGCCCCCCCCCCCCCCCCCAGUGUGUUUUGUGUCGCUGUGUCGUACUACUGAGGUAAACCAAAGCUGAUCCACAUCAACAGAAGCCACCAGCCUUACCACACAGAAGGGAGAGGAAUUAAAAAUAGCCAGAAUAGAAGGGGAGUCUCACAUGGUCACCAUGUUCAGGAGUUUCAAACUUAUAAAGACAGGAAAAGGUGGUAGGGCUCCACCACACAGGUGUUUGAAAAGGCGUCUUAAUCAAACGAGAAGCGGCCGGUCAUGCUUUGGCUAACAAGCACAUCGAAAUUUGUGCAGGUUUUAAACAAAAGGCCCGUGUUUGGAGGAGAGCAAGCCGAGACCAUCUGCGCUGUUUCCCUUUGAUGUUCCUUUAGAAAGGGCCCCCUUUUGAUCAGGCACUUUGCACUCAUUCAGCGAACGCACCGAGUCCAUUCAUGUCAUCCUACCAGUUGAUUACCACUGGAGAGAUACUGUAAUCUUUUACGCUUUAUGUUAUAUUGUACGGUAGAGCACUGUGGAUUUUUAUGUUGUUGAAAACAGGUAAAUGUAUGUAAAUGUAAUAUAUACACAUUAUAUCAUUCAGUGCAUUUAACAGUAUGUUUGUUGAUAAAAAAAAAAAAAACUUGAUAUAUAUAUAUUUUUAAUUACUUCAGAAGUGGCAAGAAUCGUGUCACAUCUUACCGUGAAAUAGGCCUUAACAUUUUUGAUAAUUUCUGGAAUCAAGAGAGAUUUUUAACAUUAAUUUAAGCUGCACUGGGUUUUUGAAAUAUGAUUCAUAUUGGUUUUUGUUUGGAGGAAAUAGAUUGUUCCAGCAAAGACGAUGAUAAACAGAUUAUUUUUUGUAAGUUGUGGCCCCGCCUGCAGACUGUUCUUGUGUACGGUGUUCAAACAGUUUUCCUCUGACAAGUGUAGAGCUUUCAGGUACUGACUGUAUUCCCUUGGAGAUGUGUGUGUGUGUGUUGUUUCUUCUCUGCUUGUGGCAUAGAAAUAAAACUAAUGGAUUUCCUUCAAUCCAUUUUGCCACCAAGUAAAGAAUCUGAUUUGUU